AUGGCUGCCUCUUUGCGGCUGUUGUCCUCGGCGGCACUACAGACGUAUCAACCCCGCUUACCUCAAUUAUCUCCCUUGGCUAUUGCAAUCAGAAACAAUACUAAUAACAAUAAAGUUCAAAAGAAUGUUUAUGGCCCUCUGAAAGAUGAAGAUCGCAUCUUCACCAAUCUGUAUGGCCGACAUGAUUUUCGCUUGAAAGGAGCUUUAGCCAGGGGUGAUUGGUACAAAACAAAAGAAAUUAUCCUGAAAGGUCAUGAAUGGAUCCUAAAUGAAAUAAGAAUUUCUGGCUUGAGAGGACGGGGAGGUGCUGGCUUUCCCACUGGUAUGAAAUGGGGAUUCAUGAAUAAGCCAUCAGAUGGCAGACCUAAAUAUUUGGUGGUGAAUGCUGAUGAGGGAGAGCCAGGUACAUGCAAAGACAGAGAGAUCAUGAGAUGUGACCCUCACAAACUAGUUGAAGGUUGCCUUAUUGGUGGAAGAGCCAUGGGAGCCAGAGCAGCUUACAUUUAUAUUCGAGGAGAGUUCUACAAUGAAGCUUCUGCCUUGCAGGUUGCUAUUAAUGAAGCCUAUGAAGCUGGCUUAAUUGGCAAAAAUGCUUGUGAAUCUGGUUAUGAUUUUGAUGUUUUUGUACAUAGGGGUGCUGGUGCAUAUAUAUGUGGGGAAGAAACAGCCUUGAUUGAAUCCUUGGAAGGCAAACAAGGAAAACCUCGCCUCAAACCUCCAUUCCCAGCUGAUGUGGGAGUCUUUGGCUGCCCUACCACGGUCUCUAAUGUUGAAACUGUUGCUGUAUCACCUGCAAUUUGCAGACGAGGAGGUGAAUGGUUUGCUUCUUUUGGCAGAGACAGAAACCGAGGCACAAAGCUUUUCAAUAUUUCUGGUCAUGUUAACAACCCCUGCACCGUUGAGGAAGAGAUGUCUAUCCCCCUAAAAGAUCUCAUUGAACGGCAUGCUGGUGGUGUCAUUGGUGGCUGGGAUAAUCUUCUUGCUAUUAUUCCCGGAGGAUCAUCUACUCCACUCUUGACAAAAAAACAAUCUGAGGAGGUCUUGAUGGAUUUUGAUAGCUUAAUUCAAGCUGGAACUGGUCUUGGGACUGCUGCUGUGAUUGUGAUGAAUAAAUCGGCAGAUGUGAUCCGUUGUAUAUCACGUUUGGCUGAUUUCUAUAAACAUGAGAGUUGUGGACAGUGUACUCCAUGUCGGGAAGGAUGUGCUUGGAUGCAAAAAAUGAUGGCUCGUUUUGUUACUGGCAAUGGACAUCCAGAAGAGAUUGAUAUGUUGUAUGAAAUUACCAAACAGAUUGAAGGUCACACUAUAUGUGCACUUGGUGAUGGUGCAGCCUGGCCUGUUCAGGGCCUUAUCCGUCAUUUUAGACCUUUAAUUGAAGAACGAAUGGCAGAGUACAAGCAAAAGAAAACGGCAGCAAAUAUUUAA